AAGAUUAAAAAAUGGCUUAAGCAAGGCAAAAGUUAGUCAUUUAGAUAGAAGAAGUUCACAGGCAAGCAUUCCAGGAUUGAUAUGGCAGCUGUGAGAGUCAUCAGAGAUCCAGGUGUCUUCCAGUUCUGAUCCCCAAUCCUAUGUAUAUUGGUGUACUCAUGGUCUAACCUGGCACUCCAUCACUCCUCAGGAACAGCAAUGGAAGAAGACAGUGAAGAAAUGCAUCCUAUCAACCUUAAGAAGAUUUCCCAGUAGCCUCGUGUGCUUUAAUUUGCAUCUCACUAUCAUUGGCCAGAAUUUGUCAUGUGGUCAGAGUCAGCUGCAAUAAAAGCUGGGAAAUGUUAUUUUUAAAACUAUGCUCAUUACCUCUAUUGUGAGAUGGGGACUGAAAACAAAGAGGUGAUUAAGGAAGAAAUUUUUGAAGAAUCUGAGCUGCAUGGGCCAAAGUUAGAAAAACUUCCAAAAGUGGUUUACCAAGUUCGUGGGUUUGGAGUAGCUUGUGAAGAAGACAUAUUAGAGGGACAUUCGAGAGAGUCUUCAGAAGACAUUACACAACAGAUGUCUCCCCAGGAGAGAGAUUUUGCACCAGGGUUGAUAAUCUUUAAGAAAUCCCCCUCAAGUGAGAAAGACCAAGAGGAUAGUGAAAGUGAGAGAGGCUGCAGUCCUACUCCUAAUCUGGUGACACAUCAGGGAGAUGCUACAGCAGGGAGUGUCAGUACAUUUUCUACCUCUGGCCAGAAUUUUAUAGAGAAUUUAGAACCUAACAGAAUUCGGAGGACAUCUGUGGGGGAAAAGCCUCAUUCAUGUAAAGAAUGUGGGAAAGCCUUUAAUCAGAACUCACAUCUCAUCCAGCAUAUGAGAGUUCAUAGUGGAGAAAAACCCUUUGAAUGCAAAGAAUGUGGAAAGACAUUUGGAACUAACUCAAGCCUUCGAAGGCACCUGAGGAUUCAUGCUGGAGAGAAACCCUUUGCUUGUAAUGAAUGUGGAAAGGCCUUUAUCCAGAGUUCACAUCUUAUCCACCAUCAUAGGAUUCACACCGGAGAGAGACCCUAUAAGUGUGAAGAAUGUGGUAAAGCCUUCAGUCAGAAUUCAGCCCUUAUUCUACACCAGAGAAUCCACACUGGAGAGAAACCUUAUGAAUGUAAUGAGUGUGGAAAGACCUUUAGGGUUAGCUCACAGCUUAUUCAGCAUCAGAGAAUUCAUACUGAAGAAAGAUAUCAUGAGUGCAAUGAGUGUGGCAAAGCCUUCAAACAUAGCUCAGGCCUUAUUAGACACCAGAAAAUUCAUACUGGAGAAAAACCCUAUCUGUGUAAUGAAUGUGGGAAGGGCUUUGGUCAGAGUUCUGAACUUAUUCGGCAUCAAAGAAUUCAUACAGGAGACAAACCCUACGAAUGUAAUGAAUGUGGGAAAACCUUUGGCCAGAACUCAGAGAUUAUUAGACACAUUAGAAUUCAUACUGGUGAGAAGCCCUACGUGUGUAAAGAAUGUGGGAAGGCCUUUAGGGGGAAUUCAGAACUUCUUAGACAUGAGAGAAUUCACACUGGAGAGAAACCCUAUGAGUGUUUCGAGUGUGGGAAGGCCUUCAGGCGGACGUCUCACCUUAUUGUCCACCAGAGGAUCCAUACUGGAGAAAAACCCCAUCAAUGUAAUGAGUGUGCAAGAACCUUUUGGGAUAACUCUGAGCUGCUUCUCCACCAAAAAAUUCAUAUUGGAGAAAAGCCUUAUGAGUGUAAUGAGUGUGAGAAAACAUUCAGCCAGCACUCCCAACUUACCAUACAUCAGAGAAUUCACACUGGAGAGAAGCCUUAUGAGUGCCAAGAGUGUCAGAAGACUUUCAGUCGGAGCUCUCACCUCCUCCGACAUCAAAGCAUUCAUUGUAUGGAAUGACCUGCAAAAUAGAAAAACUUUUUUGGGAAAGGCUAACGUCAGACUUAUUUGUCAUAAUAUGCAUCCCAAAUUCUCAGAUGAAAUGAAAGGAAAGAACUUCUCUCCUUCCACUAAUUUUUUAUUUUUAAUUUCAAUAGUUGGUUGAAAAAGGAUGAGGCACUUUUAUGAACUAUUCAUUGAGAAGUUUUAUGUACUGGGUUAAAUCAUAAAAGCUGUUUCAGGCCUUAAUUCUCAUCUGUCCCUUUUCCCUUCCCUUCUUUCCUCCUCCCCCAGUGGAUUAUAUAACAUUAGAGGUCUGUAUCUGCCACCUGACCUACAUGGUUGCUCUUCUGAAAAAUGGGGUAACAGGAUUCACCACCUUCUAAAAAUUACAGAGUUGACUCAUUGAACUUAUCCCAUGAAAAACAUGUUAGAAAGUCAUGACUUAGAUGACACAUCUCAUUCUUGUGUCCACUGUUUAGCCUUGGAAUAAUUUAGCAUGCUUCUAUUAAUAGCCUCAAAAUCUUCCAGCUAUGCUAUCAAGUUCCCUUAGAAGAUGGCAGCAUUAAUGAAAAAGCAGGAAGCUUGGGUCAUUUCACAUCUCCUGCUAGGCUUCCUCAUUCAUCUGAAGAGGGUACUAUGAAGGAGGAAACUGACAGGCCAUUUACAGAAUUGUAAGUGAAGGUCAUAGGAUCCAAAGGGACUGAUUAGGCAAGGCCACAGGAUAAACAGUUGAGGCCAGAAUACUCAGCAUGGGCAAAGGGUCUCCUUGGCAGCUAUCCCCACUUCAGGGCUGCCCAGACUGACUGUUACAAGAAUUCUGCUGCGUUUGCUUUUGGUCCCAGCUUCUGCUGCUGCUGCUGCUGUUGCUGCUGCUGCUGCGUAAAGAAGUAGCAGAGAGAACUAUGCGGUUUCACCUCUAUUAGGCACCUGGCCACAGUAAUAAGCUGGUUCACUUGACUAACCAGGGCCUGGCUUUGCCAAAGCACGUUAGCUCUCAUAACCUGGAUUCCACUGCUGCUGGUUCUGAUGGGCUGAAAUAUGACAGCUUCUUCUUGGUCUGAUGGUCUUGAAAUUUUCUUUUUUCAACAUCUCUACAUGUUUUUUUGUGUUCUAUAUGUCAUUUCUUCUUUAAGGAAACACAUCCUUCAUUUUUCAUGUCUUUUUCUAUUUUUGGUACUGGGGAUUGAAUCCAGGGGCACUCAACCACUGAGCCAUAACCCCAGCCCUUUUUUGUAUUCUAUUUAGAGACAGAUUCUCACUGAGUUGUUUAGGGCCUCGCUAAGUUGCUAAGGCUGGCUCUGAACCUGCGAUCCUCCUGCCUCAGCCUCCUGAGUCUCUGGGGUUAUAGGCAUGCACCAGUGCGCCCGACUCACAUCCAAUUUUGAGGCAAUGGGUGAUAGUAGAAUUGCACUAACUGAGCAUAGGGUCUGGUUUAAGAGUUAGGCCUUGAAUAAGGCACUUCACCUCCUGUUCUCUAAUUUUAUCUGUAAAAUGAGGGGAGUUGAACUAAAUGCUAAAUGAUCUCUGACACUUCCACCAAUCCAAUAAUUCUUUGAUUCUUUUAAAAAAAUCUAACUUUAUAAUCUUCAUUGUUCUAUUCUUCAAUCACUAUUAACCCUAAUUCUAAUCACCAGUAUUUAUUGAGUAUUUAUUAUGUGCCAGGCACACGCCUGACAGUACGUUUUUAUUUUCACAACAUCUCUAUGAUGUGGAUAACCUUUUUUUUUUUCCCCCUCUUAUGGUUUUGGGGAUUGAACCCAGGACCUCAUGCAUACCAAGUAAGCAGCACUUUACCACUGAGUCACAUCCCCAACCCUGAUGUGGGUAUUCUUGUAAAAAGAACACUUUAUUGAAAUAUUAUUUAUAUCUAUACAAUCACCUGUUACAAUUAUUCAGUUGAAUGAUUUUUAAUAAUUUAUAGAGCUGCCCAAUCAUCAAUAAUGUGGGUAUUCUUGCCCCAAUUUAUGAGAAGAGAUAGCCAGGCAAGAUGAUGUAUGUGGGGCUGGGGAUGUGGCUCAAGCGGUAGCGCGCUUGCCUGGCGUGCGUGUGGCCCGGGUUCGAUCCUCAGCAUCACAUACAAACAAAGAUGUUGUGUCUGCCAAAAACUAAAAAAUAAACAUUAAAAUUCUCUCUCUCUCUCUCUUUAAAAAAAAAAAAAAGAUGAUGUAUGUGGGCACACUUGCAAUUCCAGCUACUCUAGAGUUUGAGGCUGGAGGAUUGUUAGUACAAAGUCAUCCUGGGCGACUUAGGAAGGCACUUUCUCAAAAUGUUAAAAAAAAAAAAGUGAAUGUAGCUCAGUGGUAAGCUCUUACCUAGCAUAUAGCCUUAGGUUAAUCUCCAGCACUCAGGGAAAAAAAAAAAAAAAAGGGCAGAGAGGAGAUGUUAAGUAACUUACCUGUGCUCACACAUCUAGUAAGUGCUAGAGUCAAGAUUCUAUCCUGGGUCUGUUCUGUUCUCUUAAUCACUUUGCUGUUUUGUAUACACUUAUUUGAAAUCAUUUGCACAUUUUUAUUACUAAUUACUACAUAGAUUUGAAUAUAAUGAAUUUGAAUCAUGUCCUUGGAAACAAGCUGGUCACAACCAAAAUCCAUUGGUGAGGACUGGCAGUGUAGCUAGUGGUAGAUCACUUGCUUAGCAUUUGUGAAACCCUGGGUUUGAUCCCAGCACCACAGAAACAAACAACCCCCACCCCCAAUCCACAAAGUGGGUUUAUUCUGUACAUCUAUAGUGUCUCUCCAGGUUCAUAGCCUUGGUUUGAUAAAAGGGCUGUACAAAUAAACAGAUGAUUGUACAGUUCCCACAUCGUUCCAGGUAUCUCUGUUUCUAAAUAUCUAGUUCUUAGCAUAAGUGUUUUUGUUUUGCAGUGCUGGGCACUUUCUAGGCAAAUACUCUACCACUAAGCCACCAUCCCUGCCCUAGGUGAAAUUCUUUGACUUAGCUCUUCCCUUAGAUGAUGACGGCUCCUUUGUUACUCAAGCUCAAAUUGAGUUGUGUUGAGAACAUCUUUCUCACACGAAACCUGGAUGUCACCUAACUUCUGAUUUUUGUGCUUGCAUAAUUUAUUGCCACAUUCAUCUCUUGUCAAGUUUUGAUACAGAACUUAGCACUCUUCAAGGUCUCCCCCUAAAGAUUCUACCCAUACCAACAAAUACAUGAGUAAUAAGGAUUCCAUUGAUGAUGCUGUGUGAAAGGUGGAGAAAAGUUCACAUUGUACAUCCUAUCAGACGCUUUUUUUCCACAUUUUAAAAAUUGGUGCAUUAUGGUUGUAUAUAUUGAUGGGAUUUGUUACAUGUUCAUCCCAUCACACAUUUUGUUCUCAGCAGUUCCUUCUUGGCUAAACUUACAGUGAAGUUUUUUUUUUCUUUUUCUCUUUUCUCUGUCUUCCCUCUCAGGGAAUCAGCCACCUCAGUUUCUUUCUUCUUGCCAGAUACCCAGUCCGUAUACCCACACCCUGUGUACUUAGCUCAGUUACCUUAAACCCAUCACUAAGGAAGAAAGAGAAGGCCUUCAGUUAGCAAUUCACUCAUGUGAACUUAGUGACCAACUUUUUAAAAGAUUUUUUUGUAGUUGUAGAUGGGUAGCAUGGCUUUAUUUUAUUUAUUCAUUUUUAUGCAGUGCUGAGGAUAAACCCAGUGCCUCAUAUGUCCUAGGCAAGCACUCUGCCAUUGAGCUACAGUCCCAGCCCCAGUGACCAACUUUUGUUGUAACUGAGUGUGUUCUUAAGAUGGGUGAGGUCUCAUAUCAUCCUCAGGAGAAUGUUCCAAUUUGUUGUAUAGUGCUUUCCCAAGAGGAAUUCUGGUGAGUGAAGUCAUCUCCAUCUUGUUAUGUACACCAUGCACACAUCCUGUAACUCCAUUUUCUGUCCUUUUCAUCUAUCCCCCAGUCAUCUCAGGAAGAUUUCUCAAUUUUUCUUGUUUGCCUUCCUCCUUCUUCAACUUACUUGGGAGUUAAUAUCUGACCAUAAAUUCGACUGGUUGUCAUGAUUCUGUGCAAGUACAAUUAUGUAAAGGAAAAAUCAUGAAUUAAUUUUAGACCCAUUAAAAAAAAAGAGAACAGACUUCACAUCUCAAAGUCCUACCUAAAUACCCAGAAAUAUCCUCCAGAAUUUUAGAAGCUAUGUCUGUGUACAUUUUCUUCCUUCCAGAACUCACUUUAGGUAAAUAAAGUAUGUCUAUAAUUUUCCUGUA